AUAGAAGUUGUAUGUAUAAGAAAUUUGUAAAAUUGUCUUUACAUGGAUUAAGGUUUCCUGUCGCUAUUUAAUGAAAUAAUAUAAAUAUAGAAAGAAGCUAGUGGAAAUGGCAAAGAAAAAGAAAAAGAGCCGAGGAGGGAGGCCAGGGGUGCAUUAUCGUGGAAAACCCCUUUGGGAGCUUUUAGAAAAUUUACCCGAUUAUGGCGUUGGCCGGCUAAUAAUUCGUGGAUCCUUUCAACAGAAGGAAGAUGAACCGAGCUAUAUGCGAAUUUUGGAGGUGGAUAUGGCCUCAAAAGCACCGGAUAAGAGAAAGAAAAAUAAAAUAAGGGUGCCAGUCAAGGUGCAAAGAAUAUUUCGCGGUAUCAAGUAUCCUCGACCGGUUAAUAUCUGCAGUACAAGCUAUUUGUAUGACUUCAAAUUGGUACCUAAAGACGAAGAAGAAAAAUAUAUAAGCCGUACGAAGACAACAAAUGAAAGUGGUUAUUAUUAUCGUAAUACGGGCGAAAAGAAACGAAUAAGAGCGUUGGUAGCGCAGGGCUUUACUCCAUAUGAAGCUAAGCAGAGGGAAUUAGAAAGGCAGGCCCGACAAGAAGCUGAAGCUGAAGAACGCGCUAGUGUUGGACCAAGUAAAGAACCGGUACCUAAAGUUGAUCAAAGUAAUUUCACUGAUCAAUUCGACGACGUUGAGGACGAAGGAGAAACUGAAGAUUCAUUCGAUUCGGAUUCUAUACCUGAGAAGAAGGUGCAGAAAAAGAAAAAUAAAGGACAAAAUAGGAAUGACUUCAGUAAAGAAUUUCUAAAACAACAGAAUUUUGAAAAUUUUUCACCAGAACAAACACUCAGGAUAGAAAAAAUGAUACAAAAUGGCAUGGACGCCGAUACAGCAAAACAAUUAGAAUGGGAGAGACAAAUAGCUUUUGAAGCCGCAGCUGCCAAUGGAUGUAAUAAAUCAGAUGCUGGUCCGAGUAGAGGGUCGAAAAGGUCCUCGUCUCUUACUACAAAUGCGCCGAAUGCAAAAUUAACAAAAAUUGGCUGAAAAAAUUUAUAUUGGAUGGGAAUUAAAAAUGUGUAGCCAAAAAUUGUGAUUAUUUGUUCUUGUAACGAGUGCGCUAAGUUUGGGUUAUAUUGUAUAUAUCCUCUACAAAUAAUAAUAAUAAUUUUUUUCUUAAACUUUA